UGUGUAAGCAGUGUCUGACCGAUCGUGGCCUCUAGAAUAAAAACGACAACAGAUGGCGUCAUAUUCGUGCGUCGAGUGACAUAAAAAAAAGUGCGCGCUUCCAAAUACUGCAUCCAGGAGAGAUUUUAAUCUGACUGGAACAUGGCGCUGUUUCCGAACUCACUGACCGAGGAGGAGGAAACGCUGCAGAAGAAAUACGCCAAAUUAAAGAAAAAGAAAAAAGCCCUGCAGGUGCUUAAGAAGCAGAGCUCCAGCAAUCAGACGAGUCAGGCUGGACUGAAACGCACCUUGUCAGAUCAGCCGGUGGUGGACACAGCGACGGCCACAGAGCAAGCCAAGAUGCUCAUCAAAUCCGGAGCCAUUAGUGCCAUCAAGUCAGAAAACAAGAACUCAGGGUUCAAGAGAUCGCGAACACUUGAGGGAAAACUCAAGGAUCCUGAGAAAGGUCCAGUUCUAGCAUUCCUGCCGUUUCAGAGAAGCGUCUCAACAGACGAGGAGCUUUCUGAGUCGGCCAAAAGAACCCACAGAAAGGCUCUGUAUGAGAGCUUCGUCGGCCCGCAAGACCGCUCGCGUGAGGACGAGGACGGUGAAGGAACAUCCAGCCGGGAGUUCGAGCGCGACCGGGACAGAGAACUGGAAAGAGAGCGUGAACGAGACAGGGACAGAGACCGAGAUCGUGGUCGAGACAGAGACCGAGAGCGAGACAGAGAGAGGAACAGAGACAGGAGCCGAGAACGAGACCGAGACAGAGAGCGGGACAGGGAAAGAGACCGAGAGCGUGAACGAGACCGAGAGCGAGACAGAGACGGACCCUUCAGACGUACGGACUCGUACCCGGAGCGGCGAGGCAUGCGGAAGGGAAACACGGUGUACGUGUACGGUGCAGGCAUGGUGGAGGAGAGCCUGCGUGCAGCUUUCUCUCAGCAUGGCACCAUCAUCGACCUGUCCAUGGACUCACCACGCAACUGCGCCUUCGUCACUUUUGAGAAGAUGGAGUCGGCCGAUCAGGCUGUAGUAGAGCUGAAUAACACCACAGUGGGUGACGUCACCAUCAAAGUCAGCAUCGCUAGGAAGCAGCCCAUGCUGGAUGCAGCUACGGGGAAAUCCGUCUGGGGUUCUCUGGCUGUGCAUAACAGCGCCAAGGGUUCGUACAGGGACAAGAGGAAUCAAGUCGUCUACGGUGAAGAUUUCAUCUGAGCAUCUCUCUCUCACACACACACAGUACUUUUUUUUAAUGCUGAUCCCGAUGUUUUGUUUUCCUUCCUGCGAAAGAUUUAUAAUAUUAGUUUAAAAUCCUUCACAGUGUGUAGAGGAUGUAUUUAUAGUGCAUACAGUAAUCCGCUUCGGCUGUCAAUAAAGUUUGAACACGACUCUCACUGCA